AUGGCCGCCUCGACAGCCGCACUGAAAAAGGAAUUGCGGACCAGGAUGAGAAGGAUACUGGCUGACGUCCCGGAAUCUGCCAUCGAAACCCAAACCACGAAUGCAGUGAAGACGUUGCUCGGGACUCCCGAGUAUCAAGCAGCCAAGCGCAUCAGCGUCUACCUUUCCAUGCCUACAGGGGAGAUAUCUACCUCUGGCAUUGUGCAGGACGCAUUGAGGCAGAAGAAGCGUGUCUUCAUCCCUUACACAUACAAGCCUAGGUCGCCUGCACAUGGCCAGCCCAAGUCUAUUAUGGACAUGGUGGAACUCAAAUCCAUAGCUGACUAUGAAGGGAUGCAAAGGGACAACUGGGGCAUUCCUACGCCAAGUGAGGACUCGCUGCCUGCGCGUGCUAAUGCAUUUGGCGGCACUGGUCUUACUGAAGGCGAGACAAAUGCACGGUUGGGAGAAGAUAGUGGGUUGGACCUCAUUGUAAUGCCUGGCAUGGCAUUCGAUGCAGAUUUUGGGCGGCUCGGCCAUGGCAAGGGAUUCUAUGAUUAUUUUCUGCAGCGAUGUCGCCAAUCGUCGCGGAUGCCUUUUCGAGUCGGUCUAUCAUUGAUGGAGCAGUUGCUCCCUCCCGGCCAGUCUGUGCCUAUGGAUUCGACCGACUACCGUCUCGACGCGCUGGUCCUCGGAAGCGGCGAAAUGCGCCGGGCCUGA